UUUUGAUCUCUACAACACAAGCACAAGAUGUCUGGCAAGGGUAAAGCUACGGGUGGCCGCGGUGCCAAGGGCAAGGCCUCGUCGCGCUCGUCGAAGGCCGGCCUCCAGUUCCCGGUCGGUCGUGUCGCUCGUUUCCUCAAGAAGGGCCGCUUCGCCCAGCGCAUCGGCGGUGGUGCCCCGGUCUACCUCGCCGCUGUCCUCGAGUACCUCUGCGCCGAAAUCCUCGAGCUUGCUGGCAACGCCGCGCGCGACAACAAGAAGUCGCGUAUCAUCCCGCGCCACAUCCAGCUCGCGGUCCGCAACGAUGAGGAGCUCAACAAGCUCCUCGGCGACGUGACGAUCGCGUCGGGCGGUGUGCUCCCCAACAUCCACAACAUCCUCCUUCCCAAGAAGACGGCGCCGACGACGACGCCCGUCAAGGAGAAGAAGACCAAGUCCUCGGCGUCGCAGGACUAUUAAAUGUCCCUUGCAUCCUGCCGACCGUGAUGAACGUCGCGGACACGCAUUCCACAACAACCUGGCUUUUCUAAAAGCCACCCAUCCCUUGAGAAAGGUUAUCAAUUAUCAUCGAAGCAACAGUAGUAGAAUUAGCCAUAUACGUCUUGGUCAGUAGCCUCGGGGAAACCAGCGGUAACCACGGGAGCCGACAGGGAAUCCGCCUGG